AUGGGGAUUGGGGGCAGAGUUUUUAAUUGGGUAAAGGACUUUUUGAAUGAUAGGAAGAUUCAAGUUAGAAUAGGGUCAGAGAUAUCUUGUAAGUAUGAAGUAAGUAACGGCACUCCCCAGGGGAGCGUAGUUAGCCCACUAUUGUUUCUUAUCAUGAUUAAUGAUGUUUUUUCAGAGGUACCAGCAGAUAUAGGAAGCUCACUGUUCGCAGAUGACGGAGCACUGUGGAAGAGAGGGAGGAACACCAAACAUAUAGUCACUAAGGUGCAGACGGCGAUUGAUGGGGUGACAGAGUGGGGAUUAGAUUGGGGGUGUAGGUUUUCAGUAGAGAAGACUCAAACUAUAAUUUUUACCGGGAAGAGGGUGGGAGUAGAUGUGUCAUUGAGUAUGUAUGGUAGGCAGCUGGAGAGGGUUGAGGCAUUUAAGUAUUUGGGGGUGGUAUUUGAUAAGAGGUUAAUCUGGGUGGAUCAUAUCAAGCGGGUAGAGGGUAAGUGCAGGAAAGUGUUGAAUGUGAUGAGGUGUCUUGCAGGCAGAGAAUGGGGGGCGAGCUGUGAUGCAUUAAAAACAGUAUAUGUAGCUAUGAUUAGGUCAGUUAUAGAUUAUGGGUGUAUAGUAUAUGGAUCAGCAGCAAAGUCCCUUCUAGGAAAGUUAGAUACGAUCCAGACAAGUGCAUUAAGGAUCUGUAGUGGGGCCUUCUGGACGUCACCAGUACCUGCAGUACAGGUGGAGUUGGGUGAGAUGCCGCUAUGCCUGAGGCGCAAACAUCUCAUAGCAAACUACUGGAUUAGUUUAAAGGGCAGCAGUGGUACCCACCCCACAAAAGGAGUGAUAGAGGAGUGUUGGGAGGAGGGGAAAGGUAGGAGGGAGCAUUUUGGUAGGAUGGGGAAUAGAAUAGCAGCAGAGCUUGGGGUGGGGGAGAUGGAGGUAGACCUAACAGUAGUGUAUCCAGCAAUGCCACCAUGGAGAAUGGUAUGGCCAACAGUGGAUUGGAGUGUAAUGGGAAAGAAAAGGAAAGAGGGAGGACAGGUAGGCUUGAUUAGCGUAGUUAAUCAGCGCCUGAGGGAAGAAUAUAGCGGAUUUGUUCAUGUAUACACAGAUGGGGCAAAACAACCUGAGACGGGGGUGACAGGAUUAGGGGUAGUGGUGCCAUCGAGAGGAAUUGAAAUCAAUAGAAGGACAUCAUACGGUCUAGCGGUAAACACAGUGGAGAUGUUGGGGGUGUUGAUUGCACUGAAAUGGGUGGAAAAAGUAAAGAGGGUAGUUAUAUGCACGGAUUCAGCAUCAGUAUUAGCUAGCAUUAGAUCGUUCCAUUCAAGCAGCCGUCAGGGUUUAUUAUGUGAAAUAUUACAGUCAGUGACAAGAAUAGUACAGCAGGGGGGCCAGAUCAGUUUUUUAUGGGUUCCAGCACAUAUAGGGGUGGAAGGAAAUGAGAAGGCAGACGUGAUGGCUAAGGAGGCAUUAGGGAAGGAAUCAGUGGAGCUGAAUGUUAGGUUAAGUAAAGCGGAAGUUAAGAGUAUGAUAUGGGAAAAGCUUAUUCAAAUGUGGUAG